CCCAUUCCACCUUUACCCUCUCGAUCCUCGCUGUACAGAGGCGUAGGUGGACACUUGCGCUCAUUCUACCACGCCCAUGCCACGCCGACCGGACCACUCCUCUUGCUGCUCUUGACGCAGUAUCGCACCCUCACCCACACCCACACAUCCAGCUGCCCCCAUUCAACCAGCAUCAUCUCUCUCUACCUUACUACAGACAAGACAGCAUCUAUCCACCUUGCCAAUCUCACACGACUCAGCCCACUCUAGAAUUGCCCGUCCCUGCAUUCGAUCUCACUACCUUCACAGCUUCACUCAAGGCAGCAGGACCCAGCGGAGAGCACCGUACAAGUAGCACCGCAUCCCUCUGCUCUUCCAGUGGUCUUUAGACGCCCCCUAGCCGUCGUUGAGAUGGCUGAUCAUUUCGGACGCCAUGCCUCAAUCAGCAGCCAACGUAUCACAGUUCAUGCGGAGAGUGAGAACCUGUCCUCCCACGUUGAAGAGCAGUCACCACCUUCCUCGUCGUCCAGUCACCAUCGGUACUCGCAUCAGUACAAGGACGCUUUCAGACAGAAUCUAUCCAACACUUCCCACCCCAUCCACGCAGCCGUUGAGGACUUCCCGGAAGUCUAUGGGUAUCUUCCUCCCGAGCCCACGCCGCCAGAUUCUGGUCGAAGCAAGCCUCACGCCCACCAUUACGACCUCAACGCCUUCGCCCAGGAACAGGACAGCUCUGCGGACGAAGACGGCGGUCAUGCCUAUCGCUCCGACUUUGACGAAGGAGGCUCAUGCAACCCGCGACUCGACCAUUGGCACACUGAAGCAGCACCCUUGCGUCUCUCUCAGGAAGUCCAUCAGGCUAUCGCCGGCCCUUCCUCGCCACGGCAAGCAAGCAUCUCCCUCUCCCCUCCCUUGCAUUCCUUGUCUUCGUCGUCAUCGCCAGUCUCCCCUCUUCGGACAUUCGCAAAGCCGUCUCAUGCCGGUGUCGUCUUCGACCAGCGCCCCAUCCGUGACACUCCCAACAAUCCUUUCCUGGAAGAGCAUCAACGGAGGUACACACGCGCCGACACCAGGUACGAUGAUAAGAGGCACAGCAGAGGAGAAGAAGCAGCCAAAGCGCACCGGAGGGGAUUCCUCACCUAUGUCUUCCGUGGUCAGCGCAUCCUACAUCCGGACAUAGCAUCCGACGAUGACUCCGAAGAGGAUGCUAGUCUCUUCUCUUCGCAGCCUCGCCAGAGUGGGCCUGGCACACGCCUACAGCCGAAGCUUCUCUUCCCUGAAGCUCAUGCCCAAGAGAGACGUAGGACGAGGAUGCGAGGAGCUCCUUCCAUAAAGGCCGCCACCGCUUCCAUCGGACAUCCACCCGGUGUAGGUCGGUUGGCAUCGCCCUUCGAAGAGACGCUUCAAGCACAAAAGCGCGAGAGAGCUUCUCUGAACCACACUGCUGAAGGCAAUGGGUCCCAUUCCCGCAUCGCACCCCCUCACGGUCAGGGUCGAGGAAAUCUCUUUGCUGCAGAGAUUCUUCGUCGUCAGACAGCAGAGGAUCACCAUCAGGAGGAGAAGAAGCGUAAGCGAAUGCAGGCAGACCAAGAUGCGGAUGAAGCAGACACCGAACGCGAGGAGGUGCUUCGCCGUAAUAGGCGAAGGAGCGACUUCCUUCGAGGCAAGGCAGAGAAUCCUUUUUCGAGUAAUCAGCACGGCCCAUCGUCGUCCUCGACCUCGAAGCACGCUGCCCGUGGCUAUGGCGGUCGUGCUGCGCUUGUAACCAAGAGCCAGCCAGACGGACGGCUCUUGGCGCAGCUCGAUCGAGCUGGCUGGUCAUCGGGCUCGGCAAGUGAGGGAGAGGAGCAAGAGGAAAACGUCUUCCGCAGCAUUCCUCAAGGUGUUGCUCAUGGUUCACGUCUUCUUCGUGCUGGUCUGGAUCAGGGCCGUGCUAGCUACCACGAGGAAUAUGCUGGUGUGCCAGACUCGGUCUCUGACGAUGGCGAGUACGACUACGACGAAGACGCCGACGGCGAAGGCGAGAAGUGCUUUGGCAGAGGUGCGCCCAAUCAAUCGAAUCGAGCCACGGAGCCACGACAGGUCCAGAGUCGGCCAGGUAUACUACGCAGCAUGAGCGACAACCCCUUCGACCUCACCAUAAUUUAGCAAACCUCACCUUUCCGGUUCCAUCAUUCCCCUCGUACCUGUACAUCUCCCACCCUCCAUUGCGAGCACUAUCAUCAGCAUUUGUCUCCCACACGAUCCCACAUACACGCACACCUGCCCACAUCAUCCAUCAUGUUCGCCAACUUCAAUUUGUUCUCUGUUAAUGCACGUCUUUGCCAUGAU